CCGCUGCUCAGACGCUAAUUUAGAUGAUCCAGUCCGUGAGGGGACAAGUAUCCAGCCGAGCUGGGACAGGACCCGCUCUACCGAGGAACGGCUCAAACCGGGACUCUCACUGUCUGUGCUUCACACUCACGGGUUCGUAACAAGUCAAACACCGGCGGGAGACGUUGGCGCUGCGACUGUUCGCUAACGGCUGCGGCGGAUCAUCGGCUGGGACGGACCGGAAUGGCUCGUCCGAGGAAGAAAACCAGCGCUGGGAGUUUAGCAUGAGGCUCUGCGGGGGGAGAAGGCUGGAAGACAACUACAACUACAACUACAAACACCACCACCACCACCGCUACUACUACAACUACCACUGCUACAACCAAUACAAUAACAAGUACAACAAGAAGAGGACAGUGUGUGAGAGAGCUGCCGCCCGGUGACAGUUGUUUUCCCCAGAAGUAGGAGAAGAAGAAGGGGAAGAAGAUGGGCGGGAGACUGGAGCUGCUGGAGGUCUGCUGCUGUCUGCUGCUGCUGAGCGGAGACUCACUCUGCAGAGACUCUCAGCAGACCGAACACAUCUCCUCCUAUCAGCUGACGGUCCCUCGAGCGAUAGGGGGCAGGAUGAGGCGGGACGUGGACGGAAGACCGCCCAGUCAGGUGUCUUAUGUCAUCAGUGUGGAUGGAAAUGAUCAUGUCGUUCAUCUGGAGAGAAACGAGCUGCUGCUCCCUGCAGACUUCACCGUGUUCUCCUACAGUCAGAACGGAUCGCUGAUCACAACCAGACCGCCUGUACAGAACCACUGUCACUAUCGGGGCUUCGUUCAAGACAUGGACGCUUCCUCUGUCGCUAUGAGCAUCUGCAACGGCCUCAGAGGAGUGUUACAUCUCACUGACGACAGUUACGGUAUCGAGCCGUUAGACUCCGACCCCGAACAACACCUGGUUUACCGCCUACAGGAUGUGACAUCACAGCCCCGGGGGUGUGGAACGCCAAGCGGUGAGCACGCCCACGGCAACGCCACGGAGCGCGCUCAGUACGAAUCAGAGGAAAUCCACCACGGCCACCACAGCAGAGUGAAGCGAGCUGUUCUUAUUCAGACUCACUAUGUGGAGCUGCUGCUGGUGGUCGACAACGAAAGGUAUAAUUAUAUGAGCAGAAAUGAGACAGCAGUGAGGGAGGAGAUGGUUCAUCUGGCCAACCUCAUAGACAGCAUCUACAUGCAGCUGAACGUUCGGGUGGUCCUGGUUGGUCUGGAGAUCUGGAAUCUGCAGAACAAGAUCAGCACCGAAGGAGGAGCCGGAGAAGUGUUGAGUCGCUUCACCCAGUGGAGAGAGAGAGAGCUGGUUCCCCGCCGCCGCCACGACUCCGCACAGCUCAUCCUGAAGAGGGGUUUUGGAGAGACGGCGGGAAUGGCCUUCGUCUCCACCGUCUGCUCCAGAAGUCACGGAGGCGGGAUCAACGCGUUCACCAAUAACAACGUUCCCUCGUUCGCCUCCAUUGUGGCUCAUGAACUCGGUCACAACCUGGGGAUGAACCACGACGACGGACGCUCCUGCAGCUGCCCCGCCUCCGCCUGCAUCAUGAACUCUGGAGCCACAGGAUCCAAAAACUUCAGCAGCUGCAGCGCUGAAGAUUUUGAGAAGAUGAUCUUGUUUACGGGGGGGACGUGUCUCCUGAACGUCCCUCGGCCUGACGAGGCCUACAGCGCCCCCUACUGUGGGAACAGACUGGUGGAUGUGGGAGAGGAAUGUGACUGCGGAUCCCAGAAGGAGUGCGAGGACGACCCCUGCUGUGAGUACAAGACCUGUAAACUGAAGUCUGGAGCUCAGUGUGCGUAUGGAGAAUGCUGCUACAAGUGUCAGUACCUGCCAGGGGGAACAGUGUGUCGCUCCAGCACAGAUGACUGUGAUCUACCAGAGUACUGUAACGGCUCGUCGUCCUUCUGUCAGAGCGACGUCUUCGUCCAGAACGGCCAGCCCUGCAGGAACCAGCAGGCCUACUGUUACAACGGGAAGUGUCAGCACUACGACGGACAGUGUCAGGCCAUAUUUGGAUCCAAGGCGAAGUCUGCUCCUGAAAUCUGUUUUAAAGACGUCAACAGUAAAGGCGAUCGCUUCGGCAACUGUGGCUACCAGAACUACGGGUACAAGAAGUGUGAGAGCAGAAACGCUCUGUGCGGGAAGCUGCAGUGCUCUAAUGUUCAAGCGGUGACGGUCUUCGGCAUCGAACCGUCGAUCAUCAGCACGCCGAUCGCCGGAGCCAAAUGCUACGGAGUCGACUUCAAGCUGGGAUCAGACGUCCCCGACCCAGGCAUGGUGAACGAAGGAACCAAGUGUGGAGAGAACAAGGUGUGUAUGAACUUUGAGUGUCGCAGCGCUGACAUCCUGAACUACGACUGUGACGUGGAGAAGAAAUGUCACGGACACGGGAUGUGUAACAGCAACAGAAACUGUCACUGUGAGGACGGCUGGGCUCCGCCUUUCUGCGAGGUCAAAGGUUACGGCGGCAGCAUGGACAGCGGACCCACGUGGAACGAUAAAGACACGUCUCUCAGAAACGGUCUGUUGGUCUUCUUCUUCCUCGUCCUUCCACUGCUCGCUCUGGGUGCGUUUGUUUUCCUGCGCAGGAACGAGCUGCUGCGACGAUUCGGGCUGAGACGCAGGGAGAGGUCGCAGGGAUACCAAGGCGACCGUGCAGCUUCAGCCAAUCCCAGAAGAGGACCACCUCCAAGAGCACAGCCUCCAUCUGUUGCCCGGGGCAACGCCAACAACAUCGUCAGAGACGGGCACCACGCACAGCUACUGCCACCACAGGAGGUGGUGGAGACCAGCAGGACAGCUCCCUCCUACGCUCUGAGGCCUCCUCCUCCUCCUCUAAAACCAAAACCUUCUGCUGCAUCACAGCCUCUGGUGCCUCAAAGACCCGCCCCAGCUCCACCUGUUUAACCAUUGAGGGGGCCCCGCCUACCACACCUGGAUGACACCACUCUUCUUCUUCUCCUCCUCCUCCUCUUCUUCUUCAACCUCAGUCCCUGUCCCCUCAGAGCUGGUUACCUAGCAACAGCCAGGAAAUGAUUCUGGAGCCGAGACGGCAACCGGCCAGCCCUGAAGUCUGCUGGGGGCCAGACAAGAAACUGGGCCCAGUCAGACCGGACUGGGAAUUUACCAGAAUGGACAGGAAGCAGAUACUGUCCUCUACAGUUUGUCUUUACUCUGUUUCUUUCUUUAAAGUUUAAAAACUCAGCUCUGUGAAGUGAAACAUUGUCUGUCACCAAACCAGCCAAUCACAUUUCCAGAACAGUCACCUGUGACGUCAACAAGCCAAAUACCAGGUAAUCGUGUCGUGACACGGCCAAAAAUGUAUUAAUUUCCAUCAACAUUUGAUAUUCCUGUUGUAAAAAGCUGCUGUAAUUCAGUCCCCCGACCUCUGUUAGUUAUUUUGCGUACCUUUAGCAUGUAUUUAGUAUGAUGUUUUAAAGAGUGGAUCCUUGAUUGAAGUUGACGAAAGCUGCUUCUCUUUUUUUUUUUUUUAACUGACGAUUGUCUACCGGUGAAAUAGCUGCUGUUUGGUGAAAAGCGAGCUAAUUAACAUUAAUUCCGUAAGAUGGUCAAAAUAUUUUUAUGUUUCCAACUUAUCGCUUCAGACCGACAACCCUGUGAAAAGAUGUUUUAAAGGUUAUGAUGCUAAAUGCAUAUCCGGCUAACACAUGUUAAGUGCGUCACUCUGAUUGGCUGGUUUGAAGACAGAGAUUAUUGUCACUGGAGGUGACUUUCUUUCUUUCUUUCUUUCUUUCUUUCUCUCUGUGAAUGAAAGCACUGGUUUGCACCGCCCCUCGGCUCAGCACUGUCAUAGGAAUGGACGCACCCCUGCUGGUGCUGCGCAGGUACGCUCGGUCUCCACCGCCCGGCGCCCUAACCCUAACCAGUUUCUACAGGGAAUGUACGCUCACCUUGUUUAGUUUUAUUGCAAAGGAAAUCUCACCUGAAACACUUCAACACUGUUAAGUCUGAUCUCUGGGAUGUUCUGGAUCUCCUGUGGAAAACUGGUUAAAUCUGCUGAAUGUGUCGUCGUGUCCUGACGUCGGUCAGACGAUCUGUCAGGGUUCUACAAGAAUCCGACUGUUUCUAUGGAGCUCAUUAAAACGCAUUCUGGGUUUUCUUCAGUACAUCGGACUUGUGGCCGUUGUGGACUGUUUUUUUACAGUACUCCUUAAUGUAAUUGUAUUUAUGCAUUUUGUACUAUAUAAUGCACCAAAUAUCCCAAUGAACAGUUUUUUGUUUGUUUUUUUUUUAAACAAGACCAGGUCAAAACCUAGUCUAUGGCUGGACCGUCCGUCAUCUGUUGGCUUCUCUCCUCUCUCUGCUCACAUUUACAGUCAUUUAAUGCAGCCGAAUUCCCAAUGAAUCUGUUCUCAUUUACAUGUUUUUAUGUUUCUGUUGUCAGACGACGGAAUAAGUAUGAAAUAGUGACUGAAACGUGGCCCAUUAAUACCACGUUAACCAGCAGCCACUUCAAGCUGCUGCUCUGCUGCUAAGAUCCUUAUUUUAUAACCGUGACGUCGUCUGACAGAAUCACCAGACA